AGCCUUCCCCUUCCUUCAUAUUCUCUCUAUCACUUUUCACAUUUCGUUUCGGGUGCUGCUGCAUCUCAAAAAUUGGGUUGUAUCAGAGGUUUAGUAAUGGGUUUAGCAUUCACGGGCAACAGCGGAGGAAGCAUGAGGUACUCGCCCACCCUCUCAAGCCCACAGUCGCACUCGCACUGCUUACCUUCUCCUCUACUCUUCCACUCUUCUCUCCCGCAGCGCUUCAACCUACACUCCAUGGCGGUGAAGCCAAUCAAAAGGGUUUGUUGCGAGCUCCAAGCCAAAGUCAAUGGCGCUCUUUCCGCCGACUCCGACCCCCGUUUCAUCGACCGGCAAAAAGCACUGGAAGCGGCAAUGAAUGAUAUAAAUAGCUCAUUUGGGAAGGGAAGUGUUACAAGAUUAGGAAGUGCCGGUGGAGCUCUGGUUGAAACUUUUCCCAGUGGCUGCUUGACAUUAGACCUUGCCUUAGGUGGUGGCCUUCCAAAAGGGAGAAUUGUGGAGAUAUUUGGACCAGAAAGUAGUGGAAAAACCACUCUAGCACUCCAUGCAAUUGCAGAGGUGCAGAAACUUGGAGGAAAUGCUAUGCUUGUUGAUGCAGAACAUGCUUUUGAUCCAGCAUAUUCAAGAGCAUUGGGAGUAGAUGUAGAAAAUUUGAUUGUUUGUCAGCCUGAUCAUGGUGAAAUGGCACUUGAGAUUGCAGAUCGUAUGUGCAGAUCUGGUGCCAUUGAUCUUAUCUGUGUUGAUUCUGUCUCGGCACUCACUCCACGAGCAGAGAUUGAAGGUGAGAUAGGGAUGCAGCAAAUGGGUUUGCAAGCACGUCUUAUGAGCCAAGCUUUGCGCAAAAUGUCAGGAAAUGCAUCUAAAGCUGGAUGUACACUAAUAUUUUUAAAUCAAAUCAGAUAUAAGAUCGGUGUAUAUUAUGGGAAUCCGGAAGUGACAUCUGGAGGAAUUGCAUUAAAAUUCUUUGCCUCAGUUCGGCUUGAAAUACGUUCUACAGGGAAGAUAAAGUCUGUAAAGGGAGAUGAAGAAAUUGGGGUUCGGGUUCGUGUAAGAGUAGUAAAGAGUAAGGUUUCGAGGCCAUACAAACAAGCUGAAUUUGAAAUUGUUUUUGGAGAGGGAGUUAGUAAAUUGGGUUGCAUAUUGGAUUGUGCUGAAGCAAUGGAUGUAGUAGUGAGGAAGGGUUCUUGGUAUAGCUAUGGGGACCACAGGUUAGGACAAGGAAGAGAUAAAGCAUUGCAGUACUUGAGAGAGAACCCUCUUCUUGUUGAUGAAAUGGAGAAGAUAGUUCGCUCCAUGAUGACAGAUGGAACUGGACAAGUAGGCUCAUUUCAGACAAGUAACUUGUCACUUGCCCAACAGGAUGAACAUGAUUUCGAGGAUAUCCAAUGAGGAGAAAUGGAUUUCAGUGUUUUCACUGUCUUCUGUUCUGGAUCAAGGCAAAAGAAGUUACGGAAACCACAAAGAAACAGCACCAGUUUGCUCCACUCUACGCAUCAAAUGCAAGACUCGGGAUAUUUGACAAGUUGACAUCAGUUUCUGCCUGAUCCUGGUUCAGUUCCAGAGGUGGGGCGGGUGAUGGGUUUUGUUUCGAACUAACAGGCUUAGGUUAUUUCCAUUUGAGUUGUUAUGUCGUUGAUCUGAUACCAUUCAUCAAGUAUUGCUUUUAACGUUCAAAGCAUGCCCUUGAUUUGUAUUUCUUUGAUGCCUAACUUGAACUAGGCAUUGGUAAUGACUCAAACCUUACCGUAUUGUAUGCAAACUAAAAAUCGUCUGUCAAGUAUACAGUUCAUCAA